GUAAGCAAUGAAGCCAGGAGGAGGAUCAGGAUUGAAUCCGAACGCAGCAGCUUACGUACCACUCUCCAAAAGAGAAGGUGAUUCUUCAAAGCCUGUUGCUGCUGCUGCUGCUGCUGCCUCACAUCACGUGCAGCACCACCACCAACCCUAUGGUUCUUCAGGGUCUCACGUGAGGAAUGAUGAUUUGGAAAUGGAUAUGGAGAUGGAGUAUCUUUUGGCUAGUUUCCCUGGUUUGUCAGAUGAGUCUAUCCGUGAUGUUUACUUGGCCAACAAUGGUGAUCUUGAUGCUACUAUCGAAAUGAUCAACGAACUCGGGAUUUACAGUAAUGAAGCUGAUGAAUUCCUCCCAGACACACUCGACAUUGGUGAUGUACCUGAAACCAUCGAGCCCUCAACUUCUUCAGCUCCUCCAAAACAAAAGAGUGUAAGUAAUGAAGCAAGUGCAUCAUCAUCAUCAACAUCCAACAACGCUCCUGUAUCCUCCUCCUGAUUUGAUGAGUCUCUCAAAUGUGAAGUUUUUAAAUUUCUUGAUAUGGUUUUCUUAGGAGAGAUCUCUUUUUCUAUAUUGUCCACAACACUUUGUUUCUCUGUGGAAAGAGAGAGUGCAAUGUAUAGACUUGACUUUCGGUUUGGGUGUUGAGGGUUGGACAAAAGCUAUGAAUCAUAUGAGCCUCUGCUCUUUUGGCCAUUAUUAAGCUAUUUUAUCCUGCACCUAUUGCUUGCUGUUGUGACUUAUGGAUUGUUAUGUUGCAGUGGUUUCUAUUUUCUAAUGUUCUAAGAAAU